GGCCGACCCGCGUAUCCUCGGUACGAUCGAGAGGUUUUGUCCGAUUCUCCCCUUACACGAAACGAUCGCUGAAAAUCGUGGUAUUCGACCAUGAACUUCCUUUAGAAGAACCGCGGAAGGGGAUACGCGAGCGAGAUAAGCGGUCGGUCGUCGUCACUCUUCUGACUCGCCUUCGAGAAAAAAAUCUUGCUUUCAUACGUGCGCGUCAGGCCCCUCCGAUCAAUCUUCAAGUUCGCGACCCCGUCUUUCCCUCGGUUAAUUGGGUUUGUUCGUGAUUGAGUCCACGCUAAAUUGAUAGCGUCCCGACGAUUGUUCUUCCGUGAGGUCCGAUUCGGUGGUCACCUACGGGUGCACAGAGAUGGCCACCCCUCAGACUCCGGGUAUGGACCCAUGGGUGAUCCAACCUGGGGAACGUGCAAAGUAUAGGCAGCAGUUCGAUUCUUUGAAACCGAUCAAUGGUGUCAUCACUGGAGAACAGGCGAAAGAGUUUUUUCUCAAGUCUCAGCUUCAGCCUUUGAUCCUCGGUCAAAUAUGGGCUCUGUCGGACACGGACGCAGAUGGAAAGAUGGACAUCAACGAAUUUAGUAUUGCAUGUAAAUUGAUCACUUUGAAAUUAAAGGGUUUCGAGAUUCCAAAAACCUUGCCACCGUCUCUGGUUCAGAGUUUGAAACAAUUCUCUGCCGCUGAAACAGCUUUGACGAACGGAGCUCCUACCAUCCCGCCACAGAACAAUGUCGCUUCCUUAGUAAAUUUGUCUGGCCCACCGCAAGUCCCGGUGCAACCUCUGAUCGGCGGAGUACCUAUGACCGGAUCUGUCCCACGUCCACUCAUAGGCCCACGACCGAACGGGCUAUUGCCAGGGCAGAGCAUCAGACCUGUCGCACCGAUGACUCUACCAGCAUCACGACAAAGUAGACAGAACGUGGCUGCCACGACACAUGCCACGACUCACACAGCGUCAAAGCCACCCGCUCGACCUGCACCACCCUCUGUGGGAAUCGUGCCUUCUUCGAGUAUCACCACUACCGAUAUCAAUGCCACUAGUCCUAGUGGUGGUCCUCCUCAAAGACCUACACCACCCACAAGUAUUGGAGCUAAUUUUUCACCGAUAACCAGUGGCCCGCCACCGAAACCAGCACCGCCGUCGUUCCCCAACAGUCCAGUGGCCGCAGGAAUUUCACCGGUGAAGGUACCGCCCGUGCCCGCCGCGCCUAUCAUUCCUCCGGUGCAGCCUGUUCAGCCGAUGACUGCGUCCACCAUGGGAAUGCCUGCAGUAGCUCCGAUUGCACCGUUGAACACGAACCCAACGCCGAUGGCAGCUUUCGGUAUGGGACAGGCAAUGCCAAUUCAGCCCUGUAGUACUGCCAUGGUCGCUCCGAUCCCUGGUACCGUGAUACCACCCGUUGCGCCAAUUUCCACCGGAGCCGGCGUGAUUUCGACUCCUCCGGUCGUAGGCUUACCUCCGCUGUCGGCAACAACGGCAAGCGGGGCGAUGGUGAACGGCGUGAUCACUCAAACGCCGGUAUCAACGAACACGCCAUUGAGCACGACUGCGCGCCCGCCCAGCAUAGAUAGAAUAGGCUCGGUGGACUCUCAGCAUAGUCAGCAUUCCAUGGGAUCUCCGCAGCCGGUGGAAUGGGCUGUGCCGCAUCAAACGAAACUGAAGUAUACUCAGCUGUUCAACACUUGGGAUAGGACGCGAUCCGGGUUUCUGUCUGGUCCACAGGCCAGGAACAUCAUGGUGCAGUCGCAGUUACCUCAAAAGGUGUUGGCACAGAUAUGGGCGUUAGCGGACAUGGACUCGGACGGCCGUUUGAGCUGCGACGAGUUCGUAUUGGCUAUGCAUCUAUGCGACAUAGCGAAGCUGGGCGAGAAGAUACCUUCCACGCUUCCCGUCGAACUUAUCCCGCCUGCCUUCAGACGACAACGACAGAGCAGCUUGACGUCUUCUCAGACCGGAGCGGAGAACAUCGACCCGUCGGCCGGUAUGCCUCAGACAUCCUUCGAGGACAAGCGUAAAGAGAACUUUGAGAAGGGACAAGCGGAGCUCGAGCGCAGGCGUAAAGCCUUGUUGGAAGUUCAACGCAAGGAACAGGAAGAACGUGAGCGCAAGGAGAGAGAGGAGGCCGAGAAAUUAGAGAAAAUUAGAUUGGAGCAGGAAAGACGAAGACAAGCGGAGAUCGAGAAACAGAUGCAGAGGCAGAAGGAGAUCGAGCAAGAGAAAGAGGAGCAACGGAAACGAGCCCAUGAACAGCGGGAAGCUGCACGAAAAGAGAUGGAGAGGCAACGGCAGUUAGAGUGGGAGAGACAAAAGUCGCAGGAGCUUCAAGCUCAGAGGCAAAAGGAGCAGGACGUCUUACUCAAGUUGAAGGCGAAAAAUCAAACGUUGAGCAUCGAGUUGAGCACGCUCAACGACAAAGUGAAAGAGUUGUCGCAAAAGAUUUGCGACACUCGCGUAGGCGUUUCCGGGGUGAAAACGACGAUCGACGGUAUGCGAUCGACGCGAGACGCGCAGCUGCAGGAGAUGGCUGCCCUGAAGAAUAAACUGCGAGAACAAAACCAAAGAUUACUGUCGUUGAGUCAAGAGAAAGCUCGCAUCGAAGCGAAGAACAAGUUGAACAUGGCCAUGGAAUCAGCGGGCCAGGAAGCAAUAAAAAUGGCAUUUGACAACAAGCAGAUCACUCUGAAGCAAAUGAAAGAUAAAGUUGGUGAUCUACAGCAACAGAUCGAUGCUAAAAUGGCCGAUAUAGAAAAUAACAAUGGUCAGCUUCAAGACAUAAAAACGCAGUUAGAAAAUUUAGUGAGCGAUUGUAAGAAUCUUUACGUGACAUUCGAGGACAAAAAGUUGAAAGUGUUAGAGCUGAGAGCGAGUGGUGGUACCGGCGCUGGUACCGAUUACACGGCCUCUUCGUGGAGUGACACGGCGUGGAACGAAGCUCCGACAGUGGUCAACGACUCUGCUUGGCCAGUUAACGACACCGCCACGACUGACGCCGAGCCCGAAUCAGCUACGCCCGGCGUCAUGAAGUACAGAGCUGUCUACGAAUUCGUGGCGAGAAAUCAAGAUGAAAUAUCGUUUCAACCCGGUGACAUUAUUCUGGUACCGCCCGUGCAAAAUGCAGAACCUGGAUGGAUGGCCGGUGAGAUUCGCGGUCACACCGGUUGGUUCCCCGAAUCUUACGUAGAACCAGUGGUCGCAGGAAGUGCGAACGAUAACACUUUCAUACAACAAGACAGCGUGGAGAAGAGAACGUUAGAGGGAAUUGCUGAAGUUCCCGAGAACGUGUCUGACGCUGGAUCGCUGGGUGACGAACCUCCGUACGUUGAACCCAUCGUACCUACCCCCGGAUUGGGCGUAACCUGUGACGUACAAGUAACGACUUUGUAUCAUUAUCGUCCUACAGUGGAGCAACAUCUCCCCUUCGAGAAGGGAGAUAUCGUUAAAGUCACCGAACAACAAAACGACUGGUGGUACGGUACGUCCAGCAGCGGAGCCAGUGGAUGGUUCCACAAGUCGUACGUGAAAGAAAUUGCUGCCAAUCAAGCCGCAGCAGUCGUCGACGGACUGAAUGAGUAUUACACAGCUUUGUAUCCGUACGCCUCUGCCGAGAAUGGAGACUUGAAUUUCGGUCAAGGGGAAGUUAUACUGGUCACGAAGAAGGAAGGCGACUGGUGGACGGGCACCAUAGGCGAUAGGACCGGGAUCUUCCCUGCCAAUUACGUAGAAAAAUGUGACGCACCGGAUCAGGACGCCUCUGUAAUUACUAACGCGUCCCAAACACCCGCCACUACUACGAUGACUGCGAGUACAGCCGUCAGUAAUUACGAAACGGUGUCCACCGUCGCCCAGGCUGCAUUGCAAGCAGAGAAGACCGCUGAACAACUGGAGGAUGAAAGAGCAGCCGCGGAAGACAGAGCAGAAUUGCCAGACUUCACCGCGAUGGCUGCGCAGCAGUACGUCAAGAGGGGAAGGAAGCCUGAAAUUGUACAAGUCAUCGCACCCUAUCAAGCUACUAGUUCCGAGCAGUUGAAUCUACAGAAAGGACAGCUGAUAAUGAUUCGUAAGAAGACGGACAGCGGUUGGUGGGAAGGAGAGUUACAGGCACGUGGUAAGAAGAGGCAAAUCGGUUGGUUCCCUGCGUCUUACGUUAAGCCGUUGACCAGUAGCAGUAAUCGAAGUACACCCGUGUCUCACGGAUACCAAGACUCUCCUACCGAUCCAAACGUCGAACGAGUGUUGGCACUGUACCCUUAUGAAGCCCGAAACGAGGAUGAACUGAGCUUCAACAAAGGAGAAGUGAUAACCGUGUUGGCGAAGGACGAGGAAGCAUGGUGGAAAGGCGAAUUGAACGGAAUGUCCGGCGUUUUUCCCAGUAAUUAUGUAUCACCCAUGUCCGAUGAGAUGACGAUCGACUUGCUAAUGGCUGGGUUGGAUCCCAUGGAGAGGAAACGGCAAGAGUACAUCAAAGAGCUUAUCACAACCGAGCAAGCAUACAUAGAAGAUAUGAGACUCGUUCACGAGGUGUUCGAGAAGCCGCUCAUUGAAAGUCUGGUGUUGAGCAUGGACGAGGUGGAUAAGAUAUUCGUUAACUGGAGAGAUAUCAUCGCGUGCAACGACAAUUUUUUAAGGACGUUACGAAUAAGACGGGACAAUAGCGAAGGAGGAAUCGUGAGAAUGAUCGGAGACAUCUUAUGCGAGAACAUACCUAGAAUGUCGGCGUACAUACGAUUCUGCAGCUGCCAGAUAUCCGCUGCCGUUUAUCUUCAAAGACUGACGGAGACCGUGCCGGAGUUCGUCAAAGUCGCCCACACAUGUCAACAGGACCCGCGUACAAAAGGAAUGCCUUUGAGUUCAUUCUUGAUUAAACCGAUGCAGAGGAUAACCAAGUAUCCUCUCAUCAUUGGCAAGAUUUUAGAACAUACUCCGGUCGACCAUCCCGACAGGCAGUAUCUCCAAGAAGCCUUGGCUAAGGCAGAAGAAUUUUGUACCCAGGUAAAUGAAGGCGUUAGGGAGAAAGAGAAUAGCGAUAGAUUAGAAUGGCUGCAAACACGUGUGGCCUGCGAUGGUCUCGAGGAACAACUUAUCUUUAACUCUUUAACGAAUUCUUUAGGUCCACGAAAGCUCGUUCACUUUGGCAUACUUCACAAGGCGAAGAGCGGAAAGGAACUUGUUGGAUUUCUUACCAAUGACUUCUUACUGUUCGCUCGACCGGUGCUUUCGAAAAAAUAUUUUUCCAGUGGACAACAAUUUUCAUUCGAAAGGAACGAGCAUCACAAGUUUAAGAUGUAUAGAAAACCAAUAUUUUUAAACGAAUUAUCAUUCUUGGGGGAUUCGGAGACGAGUGGAACAGCCUUCGGUGAGAAUUCUGACAACGCGACUAAAAUACUCAGGCUGAAGGACCAGAAGAAACCGAUAAUAUUGCUGGCACCGUCGCCGAGCGAGUGUGUACUCUGGGUGAAACGGAUCACCGAAGCGAGGAAGAAGUUCCUGGAGAACGAGAAAACGCGUCUGCAGAGACAGAGAUCGAAACAGGCGCAGUUUGGAGCGUGCGGGAGAAUUCUCGUUACGGUGCUUGAAGGUUUCAAUAUAAAGACGACACCUGGCAAGUGCAACACGUUUUGUAAAGUGAGCAUGGGCUCGCAGGAAGAGAGAACAGGCGUCGUUUCGGGAACUGACUGUCCUCUGUGGGACGCGUCGAUGCAGUUCCAAGUGAAGGAUCUGCUCGAAGAUACUCUGUGUAUCACGGUCUUCGACAAAGGCUACUACAGCCCGGAUGAAUUCCUUGGCCGGGCGGAGAUCAGGGUCGCUGACAUAAUGAGGGACAGCAGAGAUUCGUGCGGACCGAUACAGAAACGUAUUCGACUGCACGAGGUCGAGAAAGGGGUAGUAGUAUUGAAACUGGACCUACGACUCUUCGGCAAUCGGUAAGAGGAGUGUUUACGGCCAAGUUGCAGCUGUCACUGCCGGCAAACUCUUUUAUAUCACUACUUUACAAGAUCCACGAUCGUCGUGUGUGAUCGACCGAGGCACAAAUCAAGCAAUUUCUUAUAAUAUACGAAGUAUUUAUUGUACUUCAGAGAUGUUCACGGAUAUUACGCGAGUAAUUAAUUUGUAAGAGAAAAAUAGUUUUGUUACUUUCUAUGUAUACAAUUUUCGCGACGAUUCGAGUCUUCCUUAGGUGUUAAUUAUUUAUAUCUUGUCAAUUUACAGCAGUAUUAUUGUUAUCGUUAUCGUAAUGUUUAUACGACGUAUAACCAGGAAAGCAUUUGUUCUUUUGUAUUUAACGUGUUCUGUGUGACAGUUCGGAGCAUUUAACAGGGCAUUAGAAUAACUCGGGCGUACAAGGGAUAAUUUAAGAAUAAUUUAUUGCAUUGCAAAAUGCGUAAUUAAAUUAGCGUACAAUUAUGGUGAAAGUAGAAAAUAGAUACAUUCCUUAUGCUAAUUCUCGCGUACGUAUGAUAAUAACGACUCUAGAUGUACGAUAGUUUCUUAUUUAUCGAUCGAAUUUUAUAAAUCGCUAUGCGUGUAGUCUAUCAAUAAAGUAGUGUUUGAUACAA